AUGGCCACUGCUCAACCUUUAUACGAUUAUUCAGCUUAUGAUUAUUCCUACGAAGCAGGUGCAGCAACUGCUUCUUAUGCAUCUUAUCCAGGCUAUGAAUCAAGUGCAUCAUACGCAACACCAGGUGCGUAUGAUGGUUAUGCAGCGUCCGGUGGAUAUCCCCCAGGUACUGCAACAGGGCCAUCUUAUAGUACUGUUGAUCCAUAUUCAGGUUAUGCAACUACAGGCUAUGGCUAUCCAACUACGGCUACUAGUGUUGGAGGUCCACCACCAACUUCUAGUCAACCUGGAUAUCCAUCAUCAAAUAGUAGUUAUCCAUAUGAAUCAAGACGUACGCCACCACCAUCAUCAUCAUCUGCUGCGUCUGCAAUUCAUUAUGCUGGUUAUGAUUACUCGUCUGCAAUGAGUGGUUCAUAUGCACCAACGCCUUCAUCAGCGACCACUUAUUCUCCCUACAAAACCAUUUCAACAAGCCAUAGAUCAACGCCCCAAAAUGAUUAUGCAACAUAUGCUAUAUCAGCUCCACCAUCACAUGGAGCUUAUAGUGUUCAAUCAGGUAGUCAAGCUGCAGGAACAAUGGGCUCAACACAUGGCUAUGCAACAGCUACCGCAGAUAUGGUUGCACGUCAAUCGGAUUACUAUCAUUCAAGUCAAGUGCCACCUGCAAUGCAUUAUAUUCGUCACCAACCUCAACGAAUGCCAUAUCGUUUGCCACCACGAGGGGGCUAUCAACGUGAACUUGAUGAACCUGGCGAUGAAAAUGAUCUUCUACGACAUGUUAUUUACGUCACUGGCUUACCCAAAGAAAUUCAAAAUGAAACCUUAGCCGAAGUGUUUGGCUCAGCAUGUGGACUAAUUGCACCGGUUGAUGUACGUUCACCAAAACCAAAAAUUUGGGUCUAUAAAGAUCGACAAACACGUGAAGGAAAAGGAGAAGCUACAAUAACAUUUAUUAAUCCUGAAUCAUGUCAAGUAGCUGUUAAUUAUUUCGAUGGAAAAGAAUUGUUUGGUCGACAAAUUCGUGUUGCAUUAUGUCCCAGACGUUUGUAUAGUAUGCAGAAACAAAAUACACCCUUCAAUCCUGCUGCACCACCAAUGAAUACAACUACAUCUAUGUUGUCAAUGAUUAAAUCAACAUCGAAUAAUAAUAAUAACAAUGAAGUUACGUCAAUACCUUCGACAUCAUCUGUAUCGACGAUAAUAACUACGGGUACUUCACCAUCGCCAAUUAUAUCGACAACAACUGCUUCAUCAAAUUUUGUAACAGCCGCUAAUCCCAUAACAACCAUUUCAUCUUCAACACUUGGAUUACCGCGUCAAAUGAAUCAUUCAUUAUUCAAAUUUAGACAAACACCAGAACAACAGCGUGGCAUUUUACCAACACCACCUAAUUCUUUUGUAGCACCAGUAAUGAGCAAUGCAUUUCAACGUGAUGGUGUUCGAAAGGAAUUACCACGAGUUGCUUUGAAUAGAGGAAACGCUGCUUAUCCUGCCGGUGUUCGUCCGAAACCUUAUUAA